GCUCCGGCUUUAGCUUAUGGAUAUUCGGCAGCGCUGCCACAACGGACCGAAUGGCUUCGCUCGCAUCUUUCUCUGCCGCCAUUACGGAACAUUAACACAAACUAGCUCACAACAACAAGGUCAUCGUUCUCAGCCACUACCUCUGUUCGCUGAUUGGCCGGUAGAAAAUUUACAUCGAGAUGUCUCGAAAGAGACAUCUGACUUACGUACCUCAUGGCCAGACCUAGUACAGAAGCAAAAUGAAAAUUGAGCGGAAGUACGUAGGGGGGCAGAGCCAGGCUAAAAAGCAUGGCGAGGUAUGUACAACAUGCCGCACAGAGGUAAAACCGCAGAUUGCCUGUCACGGGAACUGAAAAUGGCAAAUUGCGCUUUUCCGUGUCAUGCAUAUGCAUUCACGGGAGGGUCAAGGGAAAAGUGGGAGUUUCCCAUACAGAGAUGGAGGGGAUGCAUAAAGUGUGUUCCGUGGUAUGUACAGAAACCGCCCGUGAAAGCGUGCAUCCAUUUUGCGGUGAAAAUUCUGAAUUUCUUAAAAGCAGGUGUAAACCAGAAUGCAGGUUUCCUCGCAUAUGCCUCCUGGUGAAAUGGCAGCAGUAAUCAGAGCCAGACAGCGACAUAGGCCAAGGAGACAACUAAAAGGAUUUUUGCAAGAAGGAUCACACUUUCUCAGUUGAGUGAACACAAAAUCAUUAUGCGUUACAAAUUAAGCCAUGCAAUAUUACAGAUACUCGAAUUUGUAAUUUCGUUUUUUGUGUCGGUGUGGAAUUACAGCCUUCUAUAAUAUUUAAGUUUGCUGUUACCUCAUGAACAAGCACAUCAAUUUCGUUAUCACUAAAUCUAUGUUCGCAGUUUUGACUUUGGUGGCUGUUCCAUGAUAGAAAGGGAGAAGGAGGCCCAUUCAAUUGCGCGUUUAAAUGGUAAUUCGCAAUUUAUGGUAUAGUGGGCAAAGAAAGGCGCUACUUACCCAAUGAACUGCAGGUUUGGUAAAUACGACGUAAACUGACGUAUCACAGCGUGCGCCAUCUGCAGGUUAGUCAUGGCGCUGAUAACGCUACGUUUGCAAAUGUACGUACACCAGGGCCAGAGUGUUUCAGGUAAGAUGGAUUCGAAGAAAAUACAAUCGAGACUCAUGAGUCAUGACUCGUUAUUAUUUAAGAGUAGGGGCGAUUCUAGGAUCAGACCUUUAGGGGGGCUCAGCCCCCAAUGAGAAUAUGAUUUGUGUUCUUAGUCUGCACCAUCAAAUUAACUACCUACUUCUUCUCCUUUGGUUUUACUAGCAGACUACCAACGUUAAAGGUGCAUGGCGACACUUGAUAUUAAACCUGUAACCCUUUGACCCUUUGAACCUGUAAUUGUCUGUCACUAACAGACACAUUUGCAAAGUCUUACGUUAGAGCACUCAAACUUAUUAAAGAUAAUAAUAAUUCAUAAUAAUUCAUUUUUUUGUAAAUAUGUAUAUAUAUUUUUUUAGGGGUGCUGAGAUGAAAUUUAGGCUGAGCACCCCUAAAAAGAGUCUAAAAUCGCCACUGUUUAAGAGUCAAAAUAAGAUGCUUGUUUUCUCCACUGGUAGGGCACCCAGAGGACACUGCACCAUGUUUUCACCACUGGUAGGGCACUCAGAGGGCACUAGAUUUUGUUUUAACCACUGAAAGGGCCCUCCUGAAGGAACUUUAUCACGUUUUCUUGUACACUGGGCCACCGUACAGGACCCGAUCAUGUUUAAUCUACUUUAGGGGCAUCCAAGAGGGCACUUUUGCUAGCGUGCGGUCAACCCCCUGCCCGUUUCUCACAUUUAAUGUAAUUUUACAUCUGAUUCACUACCGUGAAAAGACCGGGUUUACUGUAGAAAGGUAGUAAACAAGAGGAUAAUUACAGGAAUAUAAGGAACAUGUACGCCCUCUAGAGGCUUCUUUGGAUAAACAACGGUAGGCGAGCCCUUCUCGUGUUUCUCUCUCAACAACCUCCAGAAAGCCAGCAGCUAGCUGGCUACUCAGAACUCAGUCGUCCCGGACGCCCCAAUUCUGGACAAGGGCCCCGAAGCCAAUCCAACGUCCGUACAGAACUCCUUACGAGAAGACGGCGACAUAGGCAGACCUGGGAUCAGUUCCUAAAGGGAAGGCUGAGCCACAUGAAGUGCCCCUCCUGGUCCUGAAAACUGGGCUGGAGUGAUAUCUUACCUCUGGUCCUGGAGAGGAGACCAUACACUUGCCUCUGGACCAGGGCCAGACACAACACCAUACAGAGGUCUGUUCUGACCCUCUGGUGAUGACCAAUCAGAGGAGAGCCCUAGCAGACCACCUAACAAACCCACAGGAAACUACAGCUAACAGAAGCCCCUUCUGCCCCGCCCCCAGACCUGCACAGCCGACCAGGACUGUGGACACACCCUAAAAAGGAGAACGUCGGUUGUGGUCAGGUUCAGGGGGGUGGGGUGGGCAGGGCAGGGGGCAGGAGCCGGAGGUUGAGGUCAAGGGUCACGGCUGAGAGAGAGCCCCCUCCUCCUCCCCCUCCCCCCAGCCACACACCCCUCCACCCCCCUUUACUGAUGCUGCUUCCAGCUCCACUCACUUCCUCCUCUUGGUCACACCAUGGUCACAUGACAGGAAGUGAUGCACGCUGGAGCCCUAUUUUUACUUCCUGUUUUCACAACAAGUCUCUUUUGAUCAACCUACACACCUGGAGGACACCUAAACUCACCUGCAACUGAGGUGUGUGUGUGCGUGCGGGUGUUUGCGAGGCGCGGCGACCAUGCUGGCUUGCGGCCGCGUGCGCCGGCUGUUCCGUCAGCUGACCCUCCAGACCAGCCUGCUCCUCCUCUUCCUCUUCUGCAUGGUCAGCGUGCUGGUCUCCGCCUACUUUUUGUACGCCGCCCGGGGAGGGCUGGAGCCGGCGGGGGGGGUGGAGGAUGGCGGUGCGGGGGAAGGCAGGGGCACCCCAGGCUGGGAGGGUGAGGAUAGAGGAGGAGGGGCUGCUGCCACCCCCACCGCGCCGCCAUCCUCCUCGCUGGGACGCCCGGUUCGCCCCUCUGACUCCGCCCGGACCGAGGCCGUGGUCCUGGUGUUUGUGGAGAGCCAGUACUCCCAGCUGGGACAGGACAUCGUGGCCAUCCUGGAAUCCGGAAGGUUCCGUUACCGGACGGAGAUCGCCCCUGGUAAGGGGGACAUGCCCACGUUAACGGACGGGGAACGGGGGAGGUUCACACUGGUCGUUUACGAGAACAUUCUCAAGUACGUGAACCUGGAUGCCUGGAAUCGAGAGCUGUUGGACAAGUACUGUGUGGAGUACGGAGUGGGGAUCAUAGGGUUCUUCAAGGCCAAUGAGAACAGCCUGCCGAGCGCCCAGCUGAAGGGCUUCCCCCUCUUCCUCCACUCCAACCUGGCGCUGCGCGACUGCUCCGUCAACCCGCGCUCCCCGCUCCUCCUCAUCACGCGGGGGGGCCAGACCCAGCGGGGGCCCCUCCCUGGUGACGACUGGACCGUCUUCCAGUCCAACCAUUCCACCUACGAGCCCGUGCUGCUCGCCCGGUCCCGUGACCCCGUCCGCGACCCCCCCCCGGCCCCGCCUCUGGCCUCCGGGGUGGGGGCCCCCCUGCACGCGUCCGUGGUCCAGGACCUGGGUCUCCACGACGGCAUCCAGAGGGUUCUGUUCGGGAACAACCUGAACUUCUGGCUGCACAAGCUGGUGUUUGUGGAUGCGCUGGCGUUCCUCACGGGCAAGAGGCUGGCUCUGGCGCUGGAGCGCCACCUGCUGGUGGACAUAGACGACAUCUUCGUGGGCAAGGAGGGCACGCGCAUGAAGGUGGACGACGUCAAGGCUCUCCUAGAGACCCAGCAGGAGUUGAGAGCUUUCGUUCCCGACUUCACCUUCAACCUGGGAUUUUCCGGAAAGUUUUUCCAUGCCGGUACGGAGGAGGAGGACCAGGGAGAUGACCUCCUGCUGUCUUAUGGGAAACACUUCUGGUGGUUCCCUCACAUGUGGAGUCACAUGCAGCCUCACCUCUUCCACAACCACACUGUGCUGGCCGAGCAGAUGCUGCUCAACAAGAAGUUUGCUGUGGAGCAUGGUAUCCCAACCACCAUGGGCUAUGCCGUGGCCCCCCACCACUCGGGGGUGUACCCGGUGCACCUGCAGCUAUACGAGGCCUGGAGGAGAGUGUGGGGCAUCAGAGUGACCAGCACGGAGGAAUACCCCCACCUCAAACCUGCUCGCCACCGACGAGGCUUCAUACACAGGGACAUCAGCGUGCUGCCCAGGCAGACGUGUGGUCUGUUCACACACACCAUUUUCCAGAGUGAGUACCCCGGAGGCCCUCAAGAGCUGGACAAGCUCAUCAACGGAGGAGAGCUGUUCCUCACAGUGCUGCUCAACCCUAUCAGCAUCUUCAUGACACACCUGAGUAACUAUGGGAACGACCGUCUGGGGCUGUACACCUUUAAGAAGCUGGUGGCAUUCACCCAGACCUGGACACACUUGCGACUACAGACCCUGGCUCCUGUCCAGCUGGCACACAAAUAUUUCAGCAUCUUCCCCCAGGACAAGGAUCCCAUCUGGCAGGACCCCUGUGAGGACAAAAGGCACAAGGACAUCUGGUCCAAGGAAAAGACCUGUGACCGCUUUCCCAAGCUACUUAUUAUUGGUCCACAGAAGACGGGCACCACAGCCCUGUACCUGUUCCUAGGCAUGCACCCGGACCUCACCAGUAACUACCCCAGCAAAGAGACCUUUGAAGAGAUCCAGUUCUUCAGCGGACACAACUACCAGCGAGGCAUCGACUGGUACAUGGAGUACUUCCCGCUGCCCUCCAACACCAGCUCAGACUACUACUAUGAGAAGAGCGCCAACUACUUUGACUCUGAGGUGGCAGCGAGCCGGGCUGCAGCCCUCCUGCCCAAGGCCAAGAUCAUCACCAUCCUCAUCAACCCUGCCGACCGUGCUUACUCUUGGUACCAGCACCAACGAGCCCAUGAUGACCCUGUUGCCCUGAAACACACCUUCGAUGAUGUCAUCACCGCGGGACGCGAUGCCCCCAUCAAGCUGCGUGUGCUGCAGAGUCGCUGUCUGGUGCCGGGCUGGUAUGCCACACACCUGGGCCGCUGGCUCAGCCACUACCACUCCAGCCAGAUCCUGGUUUUGGAUGGGCAGGUUCUAAGGUCGGAGCCAGCUGCUGUGAUGGACAAGAUCCAGAAGUUUCUGGGUCUGACCAACACACUCAACUACCACAAGAUCCUGGCUUUCGACCCUAAGAAGGGGUUUUGGUGUCAGCUGAUGGAUGGGGGGAAGACUAAGUGUCUGGGGAAGAGUAAGGGUCGCAGGUACCCCGACAUGGACGCAGAUUCGCGCUCCUUCCUGAGGGAUCACUACAGAGACCACAACAUAGAGCUGUCCAAGCUGCUCUACAAGAUGGGACAGCCACUUCCUGUUUGGCUGAGGGAGGAACUGCUGCACAGCAGGUAGCCCAGGCAGGGUGGAGGGCGGCGGGGGGGAAACCCCCAGCCUCGCCCCUCCUCUCCAGGGACCAGACAGAGGUGAGGGCAGAUUUGUGGACUGAGGGAUCACUGCUGCCAGAGAGCCUCUGCUGCUGCCCGCAACAUGGUCUGUGGGAGGGGGGGGGGGGGGUCUCUCUCUGCAUCGUGUGAAGGAGAGAGGAAUUCAUAUCUCUGUGCCAGUUAUGAGGACACAUUAGCCAAACGUGGAGGUACCAGAGGGUAAUGUCUCAUCUGAAACAUCUUAGCUGUUGGAUGACCUUGAUUGACUCUCGCUCUGCUGGAUGUAACUCAUCAACUUUGAAAGCCCACGUGGCCUGGGUUCUGGUUCUGGGAUGACCAUGCAUUGUUUACUGAUCUUUGAGGCUCACAAUGGCCCUGUGCUCCUGUUCCUCCUCUUCCUUUACCUGGAGACACCGGGGAAGCUCUCCCACUCUUUAGUUACCAUGGCUAAUGCGGGCCACAACUCAGAGGCCUAGAUCAGUGUUCAUGUUACAUCAGAGUUAGCGUUUGCAUUAGAGAUAACGUUAGCAUCAAAGUUAGCGUUAGCAUCACAGUUAGCACUAGCUUCAGCAUUGGCACCAGAGUUAGCAUCAGAGUUACCGUUAGCGGCUGAUAUGCUCUGUGGAGAACAGGAGUGGUUAUAAUGUACUGGCUAGAGGGGCAAGCGGGCUUUAUCUGAGCCAGUGGAAUGUUCUAGGUGCUUGGUGAUGCUUGCUACUGCCUUAAUGAUGUAUCCAUACCAGUCCCUCCUCCUAUGAGCCUCUGUGACAGCUGCCUGCUAUGGAGACAAACUGGACAAACACACACACAAUAGACACACAUUAUGUAUAUUUUUGGGAUGCAACAUGCAUGAUUACA